AUUAUCAGUCACCACCCCCUUCAAAUUCCGCCACGUUUUAACACACUUUUCACCGUCAAAAGAAAAACACUAAUCAUUCUCUUAAGAACAAAACAGAAAAGUACAGAUGAAUGGGGAGAGCUUGGUGGUUUCAGCUUCAAUCAACAUCGGUUUUGCGGUCCUCAUCCUCACCCUCUUUUCAAUUCUGAGGAAACAGCCCUCUAAUGCCCCCGUCUACUUCGCCCGCCGCCUCGCUCAGCACCACCACAUUUCUUUCCACCGCUGCUUCACUUUCCGGCGGCUGCUGCCCUCUUUUGGGUGGAUUCGCUUCGCCCUCUCCGUAGUCGACGAUGAGAUUCUUGACUCAUGCGGCCUUGAUGUCUUGAUAUUCAUCCGCCUCUUUAAAUUCGGGAUCAAAUUCUUUUUGGUUUGCUCUGUAGUUGGAUUAUUUUUACUGCUUCCACUCAACUAUAUAGCCGGCGAUGGAGGGCAUUCGAAAGAAUCUGGUUCCAUGGAUGCUUUCACAAUAUCGAACAUUGCCAAAGGCUCUGACUGGCUUUGGGUACACUUCACAUGCUUAUGCUUCGUGUCUUGUUAUGGACUCUACCUACUAUACAAGGAAUAUGAUGAUAUUUUGAUCAAGAGGCUUCAUCAGUUGCGUAUCUUGAGGCAUCAGCCUAAUCAGUUCACUGUUUUAGUCCGAGAAAUCCCAUUAUGUGAUGAACACAAAGCCCGUGAUUGCUCUGUAGACCAUUUCUUCUCGAAAUACCAUCCUCAUUCUUAUCAGUCUUAUCAGAUCCUAUACGACGGGAAGGAUCUCGAGAAAUUAUUCACCGAGGCGAAGUCCAUUAAAACAAAAAUUGAGAAGUUGAGGAAUCAUUCACUUGGAAAGCAUAACAGGAAUUUCCAUCAGUCAUGGAACAACGAUGUACAGGUAGAGAAACUGAAGGAAAUACUUGAGGAGCUUGUUCGUAAAAUAAAGCAUACACAGAGUAAAAAACAGCUUCAAGCAAAGGAGUUGCCUGUAGCUUUUGUUACGUUCAAAUCACGGUGGGGCGCCGCUCUAGCAGCCGAGUCUCAGCAGAUCUCGAACCCACUUGUAUGGAUAACAGAAAUGGCACCGGAACCAAGAGAUGUAAUUUGGGGAAAUCUUGCAAUUCCACGCAAGUACUUACCACUUUACAAAUUCGGUGUCUAUGUGGCCGUAACACUGCUUACGGUCUUCUUUGCAGUGCCUGUCACAGCUGUCCAGGGAAUCGCAAAAUUUGAACGGCUAAAGAAGUGGUUUCCUCCUGCCAUGGCUGUGCAGUUAAUACCCGGGUUACGGUCUAUUGUGACGGGAUACCUCCCGAGCGUCAUUCUCAACGGUUUCGUCUACCUUGUUCCGUUUGCUAUGAUAGAAAUGGCGAAAUUAGCUGGUUAUGUCUCCAAGAGCCGAAAGGAUAUAAAGGCAUGCAACAUGGUGUUUUACUUCCUAGUCGGGAACGUCUUCUUCUUGUCCUUGUUAUCAGGAUCUCUACUCGAUCAAAUUGGGGAAUCUUUCAGCCACCCAAGGGACUUUCCAGGCCGUCUUGCUAGUGCAGCUUCUGCCCAAUCGGAUUUUUUCAUGACGUACAUCUUGACGAAUGGACUGUCUGGGUUUUCUCUGGAGAUUCUUCAGCCGGGGCUGCUUAUGUGGGAUGCAAUGAAGUCACACAUGUGGGACCGGGGGAAGAAUAAACAACCUAAACUCUACUCGCUGCCUUAUUACCGUAUUGUCCCCUUUGUGGCUCUCGGUAUUUUGAUUGGGAUGGUUUAUGCGGUUGUCGCACCAUUGCUUGUCCCAUUUCUCGUCGGAUAUUUCUGUCUAGGCUAUGUUGUGUUUGUGAACCAGAUUCAAAAUGUGUACAUAACAACUUAUGAAACUUGUGGUCAAUAUUGGCCUUACAUUCAUCACUAUAUUCUGGUUGCAAUCAUCAUCAUGCAAAUCACAAUGAUUGGUCUUUUCGGGCUGAAAUCAAAGCCCGCGGCAUGUAUCUCCAUAAUACCACUCCUCGUUUUCACUUUGCUCUUCAAUGAAUAUUGCAAGACCCGUUUCCUGCCUACAUUUUAUCACUGCUCUGUCAAG